UGUUGACGUCGCAUUCUGACACAGUUAAAGAAUUACGGUGAAUCACGAGCACUUAAGUACAACCAGCUGAUCUUUUGAUUCAACAAAUUUCUCAGCACACUAGCUACCAAUUUACAAUCUACAAAGAAUGUUUUAAAAUGUGGUGAGGAGAAUAGUAACGUUUUAUAGUAAAACUAAAUUUGAAAAUAAAGAGAUAUUGCAAUUCGUUAUUUAAAUGUCAUCAUCUGCCGAACAUGGAAGCACUUGUGAUGACCAAAUUCAAGAAAGUAUUUACCCAAGCCGUAGGUUAAACAGUAAAAAUAAAGCAUGUGUUUCUGAAACUGCUGUUAGUAACACGACUACUCAAGAACUUUUAUCCGCGCCUCUAUCGGUUGAGAAAAGUUCCAGAGAACCAAAUGAGUCCAGUUCUGGUACGGAUAAUGAACUUUAUACUGGGUUGUGGUCUACAGAUGAACUGGAUGAUGAGACUGGUCUGAAUGAGUUUCAGAAGAAAAUGCUUGAAGAACACAGGCAAGCUACUGCAAAAAUCAAUAGAGGCUGUGUUAUCAUGGAAAGAAACCGUAGAAAGCGGAUCACCGUCAGCUGUAAUAAACUCAGACAGCUCCUUCCCCAGCUCAGUGGCAGUCGGAAUGACAUGGUCACCAUUCUGGAGAUGACUGUUGCCUACCUGGAGCUGAUCCAGCAACUGCUCCCAGCACACCAGCACAGAACAGUGCUGUAUCCACCAGAAGAACUGUGCAAAAAAUGGCAGCUGGAACAUCAGAUAAAGAGACAACAAUGCAGGAGGAGGAUUUGUGAAGAAGUAAGCAGGCAAAAGUCCCAGCGUAUUAAGAGCAACAGAAGUGGUAAAGGGAAACCUUGCCCAAAUCCUGGUUUGAUGAACCAAAGCAAGAAAGCUGGCAGUUUGAAAACAUCUGACAAAAGUGAUCAUGAAGUUCUUCACAAUGCAGGGACGGAGGGUAUGGUUGAUCUAAAUCGCCUUUUAGAAGUGACUUCAGAAUCUCAUAAAAUGCCUGAAGCUCAAAUGGGUGACCUUCAGUAUGGAUAUUGCAAUAGGCCACAGCAGGUGACUACUCCCAUGGUACCCUCCUGGGAGAAUGCCUCCUUUUUCGUAGAUUACAGAAAUGAGGCUCCACAACCUUGUUUCAGUACUUCUGUCCCAGUGACUUCACAUCUACCUGACCCCGAAAGCUCUUUCUCCUGGUCCGGCCUUUCAACGCCAGUAGGACAGCAGGCAGCCCAGUCACUGUGUGAUUUACUCAGUACUCCACAAUUAAACUACAGACUUCAGCCGCAUUUUCCACAAGAGAAGACUCUGACGGCACCAACUUGUCCCAGUGGAGUUCAGCAUACUGGGUUACAGGAUUGGGAAGAGUUACUGGAAGGUGACCCUUUGGCCUUCAGUGGUUCCAUCUCUUUCCAACCAAGUGCAACUCAUCCAGGAGCAGGUGGAGGGGGUCCACAUGAUGCUGGCUAUUCUUUAACGGAGAUGCAUUCUGUUCCUGUGUCAUUACUCAACCAGGUGGCAUCGGAAGGAAAUGCUUCCCAGCACCAGGAAGCAGACCGCCCUGUAGAGCAGAGUGACCUUUCUGACAUUGAUGAAAUGUUUUUCUUUUGAAGGCUUUACAUCUGUCGAUUGAGUUUUGAUUAUUAAAAUGUUGUGCUGUUA